GAGAGAGGGAGGUGUGACUGAGCUCCACCACAUUCUCCACAUUGUCAGCCAGCUCCUCAGACCUGUCGCAGCCACAGCAGGAAACACAGACAGAGCUGACCUUUCACUCUGCCUAAAUGACAAUGGCGUUGCCAGAUCUGCUAGCGCUCUGCGUCCUGUGCCUGAUCCCGGUGGCCGCCUGGAAGGCCCCCUCCUUCUGCCAUGAGACAAACUGCCCGGAGUACACCGUCAUCCACACCUACCCGGAUUUUGAAGAGCGCCUCUACAGGCCAUCUCAUUGGCUGACUGUGGACGUCUCCAAGGUCGACAUGGAGGAGGUGAAGACGGCCAUGUUCACUCUCUACUACUACACUAAGGGGGAGAAUAAAGACAAGGCGGACGUGAAGCUGCCGUGGCCCUCUACCAUCCAGGUGGAGGAGGAGGGGGAGGGGGAUGAGCAGCAGAAGCAGAAGCACGGCUCCGUGUCCUGGCCCAUACCCUCCGGAACACACCUGCCCAAGGCCAACGCCCACGCCAUCAAGGAGACACACCUGCCUGCCGUCAGGGUCUAUGUCAGGAGUUUCGGUGGGGUGGCAUCGGAGAAGAGUGGCACCGAGGAGGUGACCAAACUGCGGGCGUCCGUGAAGGCCAUGGGGAUGACCUUUGUGCCAAACAGGUUCGUCGCCGCGGGUUACGACUCUCCCUUGAACCUCAUCAACCGCCACAACGAAGUUUGGGUCUUUGCAGAGUAACCCCACCAGACAUCGUCAGUCUACAGAGUUGAAACACUGUAGAGCAUGGCAGCCAGUUUAACCUAAUAAAGUAAGUUGCCCUGCUGCCUUAAGUUUUUAAGUUAAGUCAACUUGAGAAAUCAUCUAGUUGAGUUAAGCCUCGAGUUGAAUUAACUUUCAAACCGUCAACCUUUUCACAUACAUACAUAGGUUUAACUGGCUUUUCCAAUGUUCUACAGUGAACACAGUGAAUAAUCUGCCCAAAUCUUGGCCUUUUUUAAUUUUAUUUACAUUACAUUUACAUAUUCUUCAUAUUCUUUUAACAUGAAUUAAAUGUUGGAAGUACUGUAGCAUACAAUAUAUACAGUGUCAUGACACAUCCAGUAUUUGACCAUGACCAUGAUUUUUCUCACAGUAUUAUGUAACCAAAGUACAUUAAUAAACAUUGUAAAGUAAAUAAAAUGCAUACCUAAAGGCCUAGAUUGACUUGACGAAUUGAAUGUUGGAAGUAGCAUCACGACACAUACACACAUACCUAGGUAUAUGUAUAAGACAUGGACAUAAUGUGUAUUGUAUAGCAAUAAAUGUGACAUGGUUUCAAGCAUGG